AUGUCACUCCCAUCUUUAAAUAAUGAAGUUGACCCUGUAAAUCAGGAAAAUGACUUUGUUCAUACAGUUUAUAAUGAAAUAGCACCGCAUUUUUCUCAGACACGUUAUAAGCCAUGGCCAAUCGUUGAGAAGUUCCUUCUGAAUCAGAAAGAUUACUCUAUUGGCCUAGAUGUUGGGUGUGGAAAUGGCAAAUAUCUUAGUGUAAAUAAGAAAUUGUUUAUGAUAGGCACUGAUAGAUCUGAUGGGUUGAUCUCUUGUGCUAAAGAUUUGUCGAAUAAUAGUUAUAAUGUGGGAGUUGCAGACGGGUUGAAUUUACCGCAUCCAAACAACACAUUUGAUUUUGCAAUUUCAAUUGCUGUUAUUCACCAUUUUGCAACAGCGGAAAGAAGAGUAUUGGCAAUUAAACAUAUUCUUCAAAAAAUGAGAAGCGGGGGUGAAGUUUUGAUAUACUGCUGGGCGCUAGAACAAGAAAAUUCUAGGCGUGGCUAUAAAGAAGGUGAUGACCAAGACAUAUUGAUACCGUGGGUUUUACAAAAUAAACAAAAGAAAGACAAGUCUAAAGGAAGAUUCAAGAAGCAAGAUCAACAGAGUGACCAAAUUAAUCUGGAUAUAAAGGAAGAAGAUAAACCCGAUGUGCCAGAAACUAAAUACAGAUAUUAUCAUUUAUAUAGAAAGGGAGAGCUUGUAGAUAAUGCCCUUGCAGCAGGCGGCUGUUCCUUGAUAGAUCAAGGAUAUGAAAAGGAUAAUUGGUGGGUAGUAAUAAGAAAAGAUUGA